UUCCACUGUGAAAUUAUCUGAUUGGAUAUCAGGGAGGGGAGAGAAGAGACAGCAGAGAAGUGAGAGAUGCUUUCUUUAAAACACUGCUUUGCUUUGCUGACUUUUAGGAAAGGAUUUAACGACAGGUUCUCUGCCUCUGCUCAUCUUCUCCUUUUCCACACGACGGAAAUUAUUAUUAUUAAUAUUAUUUACAUUAUUAAGACGCUCUUAAUUUGGACGGGAACCUGCUCUGUUCACGGGUCAACAUGCCUCGGUCAUUUCUGGUGAAAAACAAAAGGUGCACGUCCUAUAACGUCCACCGUUCACAUGAAGAGGAGCCCAAAGCCGCCACAUAUACAGAAGUCCCAACAGCAGCUCAGAUCUCAGAAACUUCAGAUGGGGCUCAGUCGGAGGGGGAGUUCUCCCCCCCGGACCGCUCCUCAUUUGAAAAGGAAGAGCCAGAGCUCGCCUGUCCCUUACCCGUUCACCCAGAGCCAACCAGGCCUGCUGCAGCUCCCACACAGCCAUACUUCCUCCCUGAGCCUCACAUGGCAGAGUUCCCUCCCUACUACAAGCCGUCCUAUGCCUGGGAUCCGGUGCCUUCGUCCUACGAGCUGCGUCAGGUGACUUUCAGCCCCACGGUGCUGCAGCACGCCAGCAAUCUGUACGGCAGCCACAUCAGCCGCAGUCCACAGCCUCAGCAGCCUCUGGACUGCAGCACGCACUACUCCCCCACCUCCAACACCUACCACUGCAUCACCUGUGACAAGGUGUUCUCGACGCCACACGGACUGGAGGUCCACGUCAGGAGGUCGCACAGCGGAACGAGGCCUUUCGGGUGCAGCAUCUGCAGGAAAACCUUCGGUCACGCCGUCAGUCUGGAGCAACACAUGAAUGUCCACUCGCAGGAAAAAAGCUUCGAGUGCAAGAUGUGUGGAAAAUCAUUCAAGCGCUCGUCCACUCUCUCCACACACCUGCUCAUCCACUCGGACACGAGGCCUUACCCCUGCCAGUACUGCGGCAAGAGGUUCCACCAGAAGUCGGACAUGAAGAAACACACGUACAUUCACACUGGUGAAAAACCUCACAAAUGCCAAGUGUGUGGCAAAGCGUUCAGUCAGAGCUCCAACCUGAUCACCCACAGCAGGAAACACACGGGAUUCAAGCCGUUCGGAUGUGACAUUUGUUCUAAAGGCUUCCAACGCAAGGUGGAUCUCCGCCGGCACCACGAGAGCCAGCACGGCAUGAAGUGAAGCCGAAGUGAGCACAAAGCCCUGAGCGCAGCAGUAGCACUCUUUUGUACAAAUGCUUUUAAUAGUAGAAGCAGUAAUUUAUUGUUAUCAUUGAUAAUAACAAACAAGAUGAUAUAACAUUUAUUUAUACAUCUGGUUUCUUUUUGGUCUUCUCAGAUAAUGUAUAAAAAUAAAGCUGUGAAAUCAAAUCAUGUUUUAAGGUGAUUUAACUUCAAGAAAAAUGUGUCAGGAGGAAAAUGAGUAGCUGAUAAAAAAUUAUUUUUUAAUAUAUUGGAAGUUUUCUUCUUUCCAAAUAUGUGUUUACAUCACUUUUGGUUUUCCCUACUGUUAAUUUAAAAUAAGCUUCAGCAAUGUAAAUCUGUCAGAGCCGAUGAAUGCUUUGCUUCUUGAAAAAUAAAGUUGAACUGAGUAUGAAAAA